ACCCUGGGCCCGGGCACUGCAUCCCGACCUCUCCUCUCCCAGCCAGUCGUGGCUGGCUUUUCAAAAGAGUGCGAUUGUCUCCUCCCGCCCAGCCCCAUCCUCGCCCAGGACCAGCUGUGCGGCUGCAGCUUCAUUUGGGACUCGAUUUGAUCCGUGGCUGCAGCAGAACGAGCGCUUGCUCACCAUUUAAGCACCUUUCAGCUUUCUGCUCAGCUCCCGGAGCCGCUUUGUAAAGUCGGGCAGCUCCAAGUGCACGCUUUGCCUCUGGACUUCUCCCGCCCGCGUCCCCAGCGCCCCCGCCUCCCACGCUCCCUUCCACCAGGAGCAGCGCGUCCCAGCGGGCUGGCAGCUUGCACCCUUUUCCGGUCCUCCUCCCCAAAGCGUGACCAUGCUGGUAAGAAGCGUCCUCCUGGCGGUGCAAGCCCUGCAGCUUGUGGGUGCCCUGGACCUGCCCGAUGGGUCCUGCACCUUUGAAAAGAGCACCUGUGGAUUUGACUCGGUGUUCGAGUUCCUGCCCUGGAUUUUAAAUGAGGAAGGCCACUACAUUUAUGUGGACACGUCCUUUGCCAAGCAAGGGGAGAAGGCCGUGCUGCUAAGUUCUGACCUACAGGCCGAGGAAUGGAGCUGCCUCAGAUUGGUCUACCAGAUAGCCGCGCCGUCAGGGUCUCCACCAGAUCCCAGCAGGUUGAACCUCUAUGUGAGAUUUGAAGAUGAAAGCUUUGAUCGCUGGCGUUGGUCGGCUACGGAACCUUCGGACAGCUGGCUCAUAGCCAGCUUGGAUUUACAAAACAGUGCUAAGAAAUUCAAGAUUUUAAUAGAAGGUGUGCUGGGACAGGGAAACACAGCCAGCAUUGCACUCUUUGAAAUCAAGAUGACAACUGGCUACUGUAUUGAGUGUGACUUUGAAGAAAAUCAUCUCUGUGGCUUUGUGAACCGCUGGAACCCCAAUGUGAACUGGUUCGUUGGAGGAGGAAAUAUCCGGAAUUCCCACUCCAUUCUCCCGCAAGAUCAUACCCUCAGGAGUGAACUGGGCCAUUACAUGUAUGUGGACUCAGUUUACAUCAAGCACUUCCAGGAGGUGGCCCAGCUCAUCUCCCCAAUGACCACGGCCCCCAUGUCCGGCUGCCUGUCAUUUUAUUACCAAGUCCAGCAGGAGAAUGACAAUGUCUUCUCCCUUUAUACUCGGGAUGCAGCCGGCCUUUAUGAGGAGAUCUGGAAAAUGAGCAGCCCAGGGAAUGCUGCCUGGAACCUGGCUGAGGUGGAGUUCAGUGCUCCGUACCCCAUGGAGGUUAUUUUUGAAGUUGCUUUUAAUGGCCCCAAAGGAGGGCAUGUUGCCCUGGAUGAUAUUUCUUUCUCUCCUGUCCAUUGCCAGAAUCAGACAGGGCUUCCUUUCAGUGCCAUAGAAGCAAGUUGCAGUUUUGAGGGAGAUCUCUGCAACUUCUACCAAGAUAAAGAAGGUCCAGGCUGGACUCGAGUGAAAGUAAAACCAAAUAUGUACCGGGCUGGAGACCACACAUCAGGCACAGGGUAUUACCUGCUGGCCAACACAAAGUUUACAUCUCAGCCUGGUUACAUUGGACGACUCUACGGCCCCUCCCUGCCAGGAAAUUUGCAGUAUUGUCUGCGGUUUUUUUACGCCAUCUAUGGGUUUUUAAAAAUGCGAGACACCCUUGCAGUUUACAUUUUUGAGGAGAACCAUGUGGUUCAAGAGAAGAUCUGGUCUGUGCUGGAGUCCCCACGGGGUGUUUGGUUGCAAGCCGAAAUCACCUUUAAGAAGCCCAUGCCUGCCAAGGUAGUUUUCAUGAGCCUAUGCAAAAGCUUUUGGGACUGUGGACUUGUAGCCCUAGAUGACAUUACAAUAGAAUUGGGAAGCUGCUGGUCUCCAGAGAAACUCCCACCUCCACCUGGAGAGUGUACUUUUGAACAAGAUGAAUGUGCCUUUACUCAGGAGAGAAGAAACCGGAGCAGCUGGCACAGGAGGAGGGGGGAAACUCCCACCUCCUACACGGGACCAAAGGGAGACCACACUACUGGGGUAGGUUACUACAUGUACAUCGAAGCCUCCCACAUGGUGUACGGACAGAAAGCACACCUCUCGUCCAGGCCUCUGAGGGGAGUCACUGGAAAACACUGCUUGACCUUUUUCUACCAUAUGUAUGGAGCAGGGACUGGCCUGCUGAGCGUUUAUUUGAAAAAGGAAGGUGACAGUGAAGAGUCCCUCCUAUGGAGAAGAGGAGGGGAGCAGAGCAUUUCCUGGACGCGAGCACUGAUUGAAUACAGCUGUGAGAGGCAACACCAGGUAAUUUUUGAAGCCAUUCGGGGAGUGUCAAUAAGAAGUGAUAUUGCCAUUGAUGAUGUUAAAUUUCAAGCAGGACCCUGUGCAGAAAUGGAAGAUACAACUCAGCAAUCAUCAGGAUAUUCUGAGGAUUUAAAUGAAAUUGAGUUUUAAGAAAUGAUUUGAAUUGGAUUAACUGAACAAAAUCCAUACCUCUCUUCAGUCAAAAUGAAAACAAAACAAAUGAAUACCGGACAGUCUUACCAAUUUCAUAAGUUAUGAAAUGACUUCAGAGCACCCUUUUUCAUUACUUUUGCAAAAAACACUGACUCAGGGCUUUUUUUUUCUUUUUGCAUAUGACAACUGUUAUGGAAGUACAGGCUGCUGGUUUUGCAUAGAUCGUUCAUCUUCCUUUUGGUACCAGUUAAAAAUACACAUGUACCAUAUUGUAGUCAUUUAAAAAUAUGCAAAUAGAGGGCACCAUCAAAAUGAGAUGUGCUCACUUAAAUCUGCAUUCAAUGAAUGUAUUGAGAGGAGAAUAAAUCUUCUGGGUUUCCUUUUGAAUUUCAAGUAUCAUAAAUAUUUUUAAAGUAAUAAUGUGAGCUAUCAAUUAUAUCUGCAAAAUGAAUGCAGUUUUUAUGGUAACAAGUUAGUCUAAGAAAACAGUCUUAUUUCCUAUGUUUUAUUCACAGAAAUGGAGUAUUAAUUUUUAAAUAUAUUUUACCAUAUAUGAUAACAAAAGAUCUUUCACAAAUGUCCCAGGGUAAGUCAGUAUUAAUGCUGUAUUACAAGGCAAUGCUACCUUCUCUUUUCCCCCUUUGAACUAUUUUUGAAAGUCACUAUGAACACAUGGAUAGAAAUUGCACUUUUUUUUUUAAGCAAGCUUGAAAAUGUUUAUGUACACACACCCAAAAUUUUUUAGAACAUGUUUAACAAUUUUACUGACUUCUUUAGUAAAUGUUUGAUGAUAUUUUGAAUAAUAUGAAUUCAAGCAGAUCUAGUAUACUACUGUCUUUUAUUUACAUGUUUAGGAAACUGUAUAUACAUGUUUGUAUACCCAAACAGCUGUUAUGAAAUUAUAAGAUUACCUAAUAAAAGAUACUUUGAAACUCUU